CCUUUUUUUCUUUUUGAAAAAAAGUGAGGAGCCCACUACAGAGGUGUCCUAGAACUGAAUGAGUAGCCCAGGCUGGACUAAAAGAGACACUGAUCAUGCACUCCACCAUUGCUGGUGUAAAGACGUGUGCUGUGUCACUCAGACUCCAGGGUUUGAGAUAGCUCCAGGGUUCACAUAGCUCAGGCUGACUUUGAACUCACUAUGUAGCUAAGGAUGACCUUGAGUUCCUGAUGGUCUAGCCUCUACCUUAGAGAAGCUAUGGCUAUGGAUAGAGGUAGCAUUGCUAGGGUUAGUGUUAGGGUUAGAGGGAGGAUUAUGGAUAGUUUUAGGGUUAUGGUGCUGGUGUUAGGGUUGGUAUGGUUUGGGUUAGAACACUUAAGGUUCAGGUUCAGGUUAUGGUUAUGGUUAGGACCCUUAGGAUGGGUUAUGGUUAGGGUUUGUGUACAGAGGCAGGAUCAUGUGACUAUAAGAGAAGUCAUCUCUGCCUUCUUUAUUAGCACUUACUGUCGAUACAGCUGGCUGUGACUGUGAUGCCCUGAGAGAAGGCACAAUGGGCAUCCCGUCCUGGUUUCCUCAGUGUCCACUAAGUCUCUCUGUCAGCUCCUGGUGACUGCCUUAACUGGUCCUCCCCUUUGGGAGACAUGGGCUGGGGACUGAGAAGGAGAUAAGGUUUGUUUACAGCCAGGCUCCUGGAGUCCAAGGUCCCUCGCAGGUUUCUGCUGAGUCUGUGAUGUUAGGAGCUGGGGUUGGGCUGGGCUGCAGAUGAGGCAGGGAUUGUGGUAGGAACUACAUGUUUAAGGAAGACAGACCACCUGCCCCUCACCUCAGUAGUUACUGGAGCUAGACCUGGGCUCAUGACACCAUGUGGGUUUGGAGCAGUGGCAGGAGUUGACAUAAGUCUUCGGUGUGCAGAUGUGAGCCGCUCCUGAUGCUGAAAACGGAUCCAGUAAAGAUCUGUUGUCUCCUUUCUGUCAUCUUUUAAAAUUUCCAUACAUGGGGGUCCUAGGAUUCUUUCCCUUGGACAGCGAGGGAAGUGGCCAGGGUGGGAUUGCGGUUGGGGUGGUGAGGUGAACCUUCACCUCUUCCCCUUAGAACACCACAUACAGAAGGAACACACACCCUGUUCACACUGCUGGAACUUUCGCUUUCAGUGGCUGAAACUGUAAUCGCUCUGUUGGCUCAAAGGGCGCUGCUUGAAUAGGCAUGACACCACAGCAUUGGUUGUUUUGUUCAAUCUGUCCGCCCGUCUCUCUUUCAUUGUUAACAUCCUUGUCCUUGUCAUUGUUGUUGUCACUGUGCCCUGACCCGUGUGCCAGCCUGUUGUGGUCGUCCUCAUUGUCGUCUUUGUCAUUGUCUCUAGAGUGGCAGUGACAACUUACGUUGUGCCGUACUUGUAGUAUGCUGCUCUAGAAACCAUGAUUCUGGAGAUGUGCAAACCCACUGCUGACUUUGGGAAGAGCCUCUUGGAGCAGGGCUGAGGUGUGAGAAGAAGACUUGGGGUCUGCUGUGUCGCCUUUGCCCUGAGCUGUUCCUGAUGAAGUCACAGCCUUUCAAAGCCGGGAACCAAGAGAAGCAGCUCUGCAGACAUGGGAAUUUACUGCAAGCCCUCUGUGCUCUUCCAGGACUCCUACCUCCUGGUCCUUACACAGCUGCUUUGCUGGGUGACCACAAUGGCUAGGCUGUGUCAGGAGCUCUGCAGCUCAGAUGUGCAGGAGACUCACAAACCUGGCACUAAGCAUUUUGCUGUCUUUCCGUUUAUACCUCUCACUGCUACAUCUGUGUCCACAGAGGGUUUCCGGGUCUUUGGUCCCUCAGACCCCGUUGUGGCCGCACCAGGUAGGGAAGCCAUACUUCCCUGCUCUGUGUCUCCAGCCAUGAGUGUGGAGAACAUGGAGGAGCUGAGGUGGUUCCGCACCAGAUUCUCACAAGCAGUAUUUGUCUAUCGGGACCAAGAGGAGCAGAAGGAAGAGCAGUUGCCUCAGUAUUCUUGGCGGACCUCACUGGUGAAGGACCAGUUCCAUGAAGGCAAGGCUGCCGUGAGGAUCCAGAAUGUCCAGGAGUCAGAUAGUGGGAUAUACGUCUGCCACUUCAAACAGGGACACUUCCGUGAAGAGGCCAUCUUGGAACUGAAGGUGGCAGCGAUGGGCUCUGCUCCUGAAGUGUACAUCAAAGGUCCAGAAGAUGGUGGAGUGUGUGUUGUGUGCAUGGCUUCAGGGUGGUACCCGGAGCCCCAGGUGCAUUGGAGAGACUCCAGAGGAGAGGAUCUCCCAGCAUCCUCAGAGACCCUCCAUGAAGAUGCUGAAGGGCUGUUCAGCACAGAGACCUCACUGGUGCUGAGAGACAGCUCUGUGAGGAAUGUGACCUGCUCCACCUUCAAUCCCAUCUUGGGUCAGGAGAAAGCCAUGGCCAUGGUCAUCCCAGAGCCCUUCUUCCCUCAGGCCUCUCCCUGGAAGGCAGCUUUUCUCGUGAUCCUGACCAUGAUGGGAAUUCUAAUCUCAGGGACAAUCUAUCUUCUCAGAAGGGAACAUUCUGGAAGGCUGAAGGUGCAGCAGAAACGGAAGCAUCUUCAGUGUGAGAAGGAUGAGUUACAGACGACAAAGGAGGAUGCUCUGCUGUCUACUAGUGCACUCAGGGAGGAGCUUGAUGGGAGGAAAGCCGCCUACCGUACCGCCUGGAGGAAGGCCCAGCUGUAUGCAGAUUGGCGCAAGGAACACUUCCAGGCCUGUAAUUUCACUCUGGAUCCAGCCUCUGCCCACCCCAUCCUUAAUGUCUCCCAAGAUAGGAUGAGAGUGACCCGGAAGGAUACUACCAUGUGCUUGGAUGACCUCUUCUGUGUGCUAGGCACCAACGGCAUUUCUUCUGGAAGAUAUUACUGGGAGGUGAAGCUAAGGAACAGGGACAGCAGCACGUGGACUCUGGGGGUCUGUAGGGAAGGUGUAGAGAGGAAAGGGUGUUUUUCAGAGUGUCCAGAGAAGGGGUUUUGGACAGUGGGGCAGUCUAGUAGUGGGUAUUGGGCCUAUGUUGACUCUGGGAGGGAUUCCUUAUCCAUCAGGCAAGCUCCGCAGAGUGUGGGGGUGUUUGUGGACUAUGACGAAAGGAACAUCUCCUUCUAUAACAUGAGUGACAAGUCCCACCUUUUCUCCUUCCACGAGGCUUCCUUCUCUGGGACUCUUCUUCCAUACUUUCGGCUUAAGUCUGGAAAUAUCUCGAUGACUGUCAGCUCCAUGGCUUGUGUGUCUGAGGGGCAGCAGGGAGAAGAGGGGAGGAGAGGAAGGAAAAGAAGUAGGAAGGGGAGGAAGGGGAGGAGGCCAAAGAAGGGGAAGGGGUUAGCUUUGCUUCCUUUGAAGGAGUCUCUGAGUCCCACAGGGGAGGAGGGCCUGGUUCCAGGCUCUUGUGUUGUGGUCUCUCCCUCAGGGGAAGAAUCUCCAUUCCUCCAGGAUGCCAGGGACACUCUGUUCCCAUAGUGUGGAUCACUGCCUAAGUCGGCAGUGUCACUCCUGUGUCAAGCCACAGGUCAAAGCCACCAUGAGUCCUGGAAGGGCCUGGAGUGUUGAGCCACUGCUCUUCAGUCUGACUCUGAGGCUGUGCCUGUGAAGGCAGUGAGGUCAGGCUUUGUGUCGGGUGGUGGAGGACAAGCCCUGACUGUUGUCUCAGCUGGAGCAAAACAGGCUGGUUUGAGCUCUGGGUAAGGCAUUUUCCUGUCGUGUUAAAUGCAUUUUAUUAGAUUUUUGUGCCAUUCGGCAUGAAGCGGACCAAGGGCUGAGUGGACGUUGUUUUAAUUUGUUCAUCUGGCCGUGGGCACCUAGGGGCUAUUCUGUGUCUUGGCUCUUGUGAUCAAUGCUGUAGUGAAUAUGGGGGAGCAGAUGUGUGACACAUGACUUCCUGACUCCUACAUUUGUUCCUGGUGAUGAGAUUGCUGGAUCCUAGAUAGUUCCUGGAAGCGGACCUUCUCAGUGGACAAGGACCUGUCGGUCCAUCCAUCUCCAUGAACCAGCCUUAUCGUAGUAGCAGGUCUCUUUGAUUUCUAUAUUUGAGUCUCUCUCUCUCUCUCUCUCUCUCUCUCUCUCUCUCUCUCUCUCUCUCUCAGAAUUACACAUAUAACUACAAAAAUUAAUUUAUAUUUUUAUAAAGGUUGGCCUCAUGUAUUUUAACUUUUUUUUGUUUAGUUGUCUAUUACCUAUCAUUCAUCUAUCUAUCUAUCUAUCUAUCUAUCUAUCUAUCUAUCUAUCUAUCAUUUACACAACUACCUACCUACCUACCUACCUACCAAUUAUCUGUCUGUCUGUAUUUUAAAGAGAAGAUCUCAUGUAACCAGGGUGGCUUGUGUUGGCUUGAAUGAAAACAUCCACCAUUACAUAGAAGUGUUUGGAUAGUUGGUUUCCAGUUCGUUAUAAUGUUGUGGUAGGUUUGGGUCACAUGUCCUUGAUAAAGUCAGUCACUAGGGUUGGCUUUGAAGCUUCCAAAGAGGGCAUCACUCCCAGCCUUCACUCUCUGCUUCCUGCUUGUGCUUCAGACAUAAGCUCUCGGCUUCUCCAGGCACAGUGCUUCUGCUCUGUCAUUGUAGAGGAUCCUCAUCUGGAGCCCUUGAGCCUUUGCAGCAGCACAAGAUGGUGCAGGGGUUCCUCCAUCUUGUGUUUUUUUUUCUUUUUCUUCUUUUUUCUUUUUUUUUUUUUUUUCGGAGCUGGGGACCGAACCCAGGGCCUUGCGCUCGCUAGGCAAGUGCUCUACCACUGAGCUAAAUCCCCAACCCCUUCAUCUUGUGUUCUUACUAAGGCCAUUUCAAGUUUAACUAGAAUUUGGUUUCCUUGCUGGAGAGUCCCAGAACCCGAGGUCACAAUGUCCCAGCUAGCUUAUCUCAGCUUCUGUAAACUGCCAGCUUGCGUGAAACUGCUGAGGAGAUACCAGGACCUGGUUUUCUGCAUUCAAAAUCCCUAUGCUCUGGACCCUUGGGGAUAUCUCUGGGCCCAUGAAUCUCUGAGUGAGGUCCCACCCAUCUAGGAUAAAGACUUUCACUGUGGUAUACACUGUGUCUGAGUGGUUAUGUCUGGGGGUUGGGGGGUCCCUGGAGGCACAGAAAGCCCAGGAAACUCUCCCAUGAAUUGCCUUGGUCGUGGCAUUUAUGAAGAGCCUUAGAAAAGCAGUGAACAAAGAAAUUUGUGUCGGGAUUGUGGGGUCUUCCGUUUUCCUCACAAAUUUAAUGAGAGUGUGUGUUGGCUAGUUCAUAAUGCCAACGUGACACAAGCUAGAGUCAUUUUGGAAGAGGGAAAAACAUUCAAUUGAGAAAAUGCCUCAUCAGCUUGGCCUGUAGUUAACCGUGCUGGUGUGUGUGAGGCUCCAGCCUGUUGUAAGGGUACUACGCGUGGACUGCUGGUGCUGCAUGCUAUAAAAGGAGGCUGAGCAAGUCAUGGGAGAAGGCCAGGAAGCAGCCUCCUCCAUGUCCUCUGCAUCAGUUUCUGCCCCAGGUUUCUGCCCUGCUUGGUUGAGUUCCUGACUUCUUUUGAUGAUGUGUUGUGAUGUGGAAGAGUAAUUGAAAGAAACCCUUUCCUUCUCCCAUGGUCUUAUGGUCAUGGUGUCUUAUCUCAGCAGAGAAGCCCUGAGUGAGAGAGUGUGCACUUGUUAUGUUUUUGAGGAAUGUGUGGUACAUUUCUCAACUUUCAGAAAUUAAGUAGCGAGGACCUGGCUACAUAGGAGAGUACUUGACACUCAUGUAUGAGGCCCCGGUUGCAAUGCUCAGUCUGUAAAACAAAACAAGAACCAAAGCAGACAAUUUUGUCAACUUAAGUCAUUUCUCUUUUAAUUAAGAAUUUAAUAAUAGUUGUAUCUCCCAAUAAGAAUUGGAAAAUCAACUAUGACUCGAAUUGGAUUAAACUGUUUUUGUUUGUCCUGUGAAUAUUUUCAUAUUUACUGUGGUUUUAUAUUAAAUGUUUAUAUUUCAUGUAAAAUAUCAAAUAGUACUUUGUGGUGUGUAAGAAUCUCAAUUUUCACAAUCUAUUAAAGUUUUAUAG